AUAAAUUUAUCCCUCCGUCGUUCCUUCACUGCGUUUCUCGUCCCAGAGGCCCUAUGAUCCUCAGGUCAAUCCUUCCAUUCCCUCUAAUUACUCCACAUCACCUCCCCUAAUUUCAGGCUCCUUCUCUCCCCGCUUCCCCCCUCCCCUGUUCUCCUUCCCCUCUCUUUCUCUCUCUACCCCUCUGCGCUGCUUCUUGAUACGUGUUUUUGAAUCUUUUGACUUCUACAAGAAAAACAAAACUAAAAUCCCAAAGCAGUAAGAAUCUUACAGUUAUAUGUCGCCGAAUCUCCCUUAACUCUUUCUUAAACUCAAGAAGAUCUCCGGACGCGAAGAAAGUGACGGAAAAAUCCUCAGAAACAAUUCAUAAGUAGAAACGAAAACAAAGAGAGAGACCAAUUGGUAUCCCCCUCGAUCCGUUCCUUCCCAAUUAUUCCUAUAUUUCCCAUCAAAGAAUCCAAUGCCGGAUCCGGAGAAGCCGGAAAAAUCCCAUCUUGGCUCCCUCCGCCGCUCGAUCUUCCCCUCCUCCCCUCGGUCCCACGGCUACAGGCCUCGUUGAUUUUCUUGCAUGGGCCGCGCCUAGAAACGCCGGCGACGACGACGACGGCGGCCGGCGAAGAGAGGCGGCGGAGAGCGUGGCGGCGUCGCCUGCUACGAUGCGGAUUCGGUUCUCGCCGAGCAUGAGAAGCAUCACGUUAUCGAGCAGAAAUGGGCUUCUCGACUUGAUGAAGGUCAAGGCCGCAGCUCGCCGGAUCUCCUACCGGACCCUCUCGCACACCAUCCUCAUCCUUGCCUUCCUCCUGCCUUUCGUCUUCAUCCUCACCGCCGUCAUCACCCUCGAAGGCGUCAACAAAUGCUCCACCUUCAGUAAGCCUCCCAUCGAGUUCUUCUUUAAUUGCUCGACCGAAUCAUAUCCAUUUCUUAUAAAUAUGCUCGAUUUUUCCCCUCCAGAUUGUUUGGGAAGACGAUUGGGUCCAAAAUUUCUUGUUAGGGGUGGUGACGAUUCAGUGAGGCUUGUGAGAGAUUUAUACAAGAUUCUUGAUCAAGUAUAUUCUGAGGAGGUUCCAAUUGGCUUGAAGUUGCCAGAAUCAUUCAGGGAGUUUCUUUCUGAAAUGAAGAAUAAUCAGUAUAAUGCCAAAUCAUUUGCUAUAAGGUUGAAAGCAACGAUGGAAAAUAUGGAUAGUGAGGUAAAAACAUCAAGGCAGGCAGAACAGUUGCACAAACAUGUGGCAGCAACUACUAUUCCCAAGGGCCUUCAUUGUCUCUCCUUGCGUUUGACUGAUGAGUAUUUGUCAAAUGCUCAUGCCCGGAAACAAUUGCCACCACCUGAGUUGCUACCUUUUCUAUCAGAUGACUCUUACUACCAUUUCAUUAUAGCCACUGAUAACAUCCUUGCAGCCUCUGUUGUGGUCACCUCAGCUGUGAGAUCUUCAUUAAAACCUGAAAAGGUAGUCUUCCAUGUUAUCACUGACAAGAAGACUUACCCAGGUAUGCAUUCAUGGUUUGCUUUGCACUCAACAUCCCCUGCCACUGUUGAGGUGAAAGGUGUUCAUCAAUUUGAUUGGUUGACAAGAGAAAAUGUCCCUGUUUUUGGAACUAUAGAAAAUCACUAUGGUGUCAGGAAUCACUAUCAUGGAAAUCACAUAAUGGGUAGCAAUGUAAAUGAAAACCCAAGGGUUCUCAUUUCAAAACUGCAAGCCAGGAGUCCAAAUUAUAUUUCCCUGCUCAGUCAUCUCUGCAUAUACCUGCCUGAGCUUUUCCCAAACCUCAACAAGGUGCUGUUUCUUGAUGAUGAUGUCGUUAUUCAGCGCGACUUAUCACCAUUGUGGGAGAUUGAUCUUUCUGGAAAGGUAAAUGGGGCUGUAGAAACUUGCAAAGACAAAGAUGAUUGGGUGAUGUCUACGCGUUUCAGGACAUACUUUAAUUUCUCCCAUCCUCUCAUUGCCAAUAAUUUGGACCCUGAUGAGUGUGCGUGGGCAUAUGGGAUGAAUAUAUUUGACUUAAGUGCAUGGAGGAAGACAAGCAUAAGAGAUACAUACCAUUACUGGAUGAAAGAGAAUUUGAAAUCAAAUCUGGCAUUAUGGAAGCUUGGCACGUUGCCACCUGCACUGAUAGCAUUCAGAGGCAACGUCCAUCCUAUUGACCCAUCUUGGCACAUGCUAGGCUUGGGUUAUCAGGAAAAGCCUGACAUUGACAGUGUCAGCAAAGCUGCUGUGAUCCAUUACAAUGGACAAUGUAAGCCAUGGCUGGAGAUUGGCUAUAAGCACCUCCAACCAUUCUGGACAAAGCAUGUAAACUACUCCGAUCACUUCAUAAGGAACUGUCAUAUCUUGGAGCCCCAGUCAAAGACCAGAAGGCCAGAGAGCAUAAAGCAGAGAGGAGGGUAGUAUGAGAGAUGUAGCCACGAUCAACUUUUUGCAUCUCUAAGUCUUGCCCUUCAUUUAAGCAUGUCAAGGAAUUUGUCCCAUGAACGAUGCUGUCAAGAUCAGGAGUUGUACCUUCCAGCUGUUUCCCUUUAAUAAUAAUAAUGGCUGCAUCAGUGGUGGCACAGGAAGUUUUCAUUUUGUAACAAAAUGAUCAGCGUUCCUCAUACUGUAAGUACCUGCUAGGAGCAUAUAACCCCACAAUUUGGGCACAAAUGGUGCUUUUUGAAUUGAUGGGUGGAGCAGCAGUCUACAUGAUCUCAUUACAGAAGCAUGGAUUGGAUUACAUCACCAUCUUUUUUGGUCCUGUAUUUAUCUUUUGUAGAGGAAAUAGAGAUGAUUGUGAUAGAAACCCCACACAAUUUGGGGAUUGUAGGAUAUUUCUUACUAUUCAUAACUCAUAAGAAAUGUGUAGAUAAGUCUUUUGCUUA